AUGGUUUCUAUUGACCCCGGCGGGACACUGAAGAUAGUCUGCUCCAACUGCAGCACCACAUACCUGAGUAAAUCAUAUCGUUGUACAGACUACAGCGAAGUAGAGGACUGGCAGACGGGUAUCGGCAGUACAACAUUUACCGCUGACCCAGGGAUGGAAGAUUUUUACAUCAGCUACGACAAUUGCUGUUGGAUUACUCUUAAUAAUGGCGGUUGGACGCGUUACGACGCUCUAGCCCACGUAGACCUCAAUCCCUACAACGGUGUGAUCAACUCCUCCCCAAACACUUCGAUGUCGACAAUUCGUGUGCAGCAUGGAUGCUCGCAAGAAUUACACAUUCCAGGAACGGAAACCUGUGUCUUGGCCCUCGGUUCAUCCUUGUCGAUUGGGUGGUAUGCCGUUACAAUUAACGUGGAGGACUUCGCCUCAGCAUCCUCAACGACACCCAAGAGCAGUGUUCCUCUUCAGUUCCUGAUCCAAGUUUACUACAGCCCCGACCCCUGCUCCGAUAAGCCAUCAUUCGUAGCCCCGACACCGGAGGACGGUGCGUGUUAUGGGAUCGCACCGGGAAUGGAGUUGAGCUUUCCAAUCCGAGCAGCACGCGGCAUCACUGCUGAGAUAGUCCUGUUUCAAAAAGUCUCGCCUUCAAACUUGGAAACCUCUGCAAUCUCCUAUUUCAACAAUUCUGCCGGACCGGAUGAAUAUUUUACGACAGUGACAUGGACACCGACUGAGAGUCAAAUAGGCCGACAUGUGGUGUGCUUCUCCGCCUUAGACGAAAACAGCCGCACCAGUCCUACGAGAUGUGUAAACCUCAGAGUGGAAGAUGAUGCCCCUACGGCAAUUCGGGCUUCACUUGAUCCAUCAGAGUCAGAUCUGUGGCGUCUCGAGUUGAUGUUUAGUCAUAACGUUAGCCUGCCCACAAGCUCGGCCUUCGUCAGGAUCUACCUGAAUGGUAGUCUGGUCUACUCGGUUGAUGUGUCUCUGUUGUCAAACGCCAGCUUGAUCGCCAAAGAAGACACAUUCCAGAUCUUCCUUCCCUCGGCCAAUCUGACGAUGGGGCAGUCCUAUUACGUAAUGUUGGACGGUGGCGUCGCGGUUGGACCAGAGCCAUGCCCGAUAUCGUCCAAGGCUAUGGUUAUCGGUACGAAAGGGGAAAAGUAUCGUCAAUCAUGGAUCCUCAACACAAGGAUGAACGAAUCAUCUGAGCCAAGUUGUGUACAAAGUGCACGGAACGUCUACAUGCGUGAUAUGCCGCGUCCGCGCAAAGAGCAACGCAUAGAACAUGUAGAACAAUACGCGCACAUUGAAUCCCCGACCUAUAGGAAAUCUCGUUGA